AUCGGGAGGGCCCCGGGGUGGGUCUGCAGCUGGGCUGAGGCGCUGCAUUGGCAUCUGGGGGUUUUGAGGCAGCACCGUGAUGUCCAGGUGGGGCAGGGCUGGUGAUGUCCUGGAUGAGCGCCCACCGUGAGCAUGAGCCUGGUCCUGAGAGGCUCCUGUGUCCCCUGGCUCACCUCAGGCUCUGGGGAGGGUGGCGUGCAUGGCAUUCUUCCCAUUUCACCGUGACAGCCUGGGUGUACCUGGGAGGGUUGUGGUCUCCUUCCUGAUUCUGGGUAAGCCUCGGGGACCCUGACGUUGGCUCAGGGUGAGGAUUGGGCCGGGGCGGGAAAGGAGCCUGGGAGAGGGUUCUGGCCCCUUCCCUGAUGUUGCAAACUCCCGCUUCUGAGGCUGAGAGCAAGGACACACCCCCUUACAGUCACUGCUGACUCAGAGACGGCAUUUAGGUGGAAACAGGAUGUGCGCUCACGCAGGUGAGGCCUGGAAGGUGGUCCCUGGACUCAGGGAGCUCCAGCCCCAGGCACCCCCAGGCCGAGUGCAGGCAGGCCACGCACUCCCAGGCUAGGUGUUCAAGGCCCUUCCCGUACAGACUGGCAGCUGAGUUGGGGGCUCUUGACUGGGCUGAGAGGCAGGCUGGACUGCACGUGUGAAAGACUCAGGAGAGCACUGAACGGCUCUGCUCAGGUAGGGGCCAGGUUCCUCCCAGAAAGUCUCCACCCUUCCCCAGGUCUUGGAUACAGGGCGAGAUUUCCCGGAGCCCCGCCCCAGGAGGUGGGGGCAGGAGGCUUAGGACAGAGGAACCCAGACGUCGACCUGCUGUGCUCGGGGCAGCAGUCACCGCCACCCAUGGGAAACAGCCACUGCGUCCCUCAGGCGCCUCGGAGGCUCCGGGCCUCCCUCUCCAGAAAGCCCUCGCUGAAGGGAAAUAGAGAGGAUGGUGCGAGGAAGCUGGCUGGUCUGUUUGGCACCGAGGCGGGUCCCGACGGGGACACCACUGCCGACAAGAUCUUCUACUACAUCCCUGGGACGGACAUCCAGAGCCUGGAGAGCCAGCGAGAAAACCUGGAGCAGCCGUUCCUGAGCGUGUUCAAGAAGGGGCGGCGGAGGGUGCCCGUGCGGACCCUGGGCAAGGUCGUGCACUACGCCAAGGUCCAGCUGCGGUUUCAGCACAGCCAGGACACCAGCGAUUGCUACCUGGAGCUGUUCCCGUCACACCUCUAUUUCCAGGCCCAUGGUUCCAAAGGACUCACUUUCCAGGGGCUGUUACCACUGAUGGAGUUGAGUGUCUGCCCGCUAGAGGGGUCCAGAGAGCAUGCCUUCCAGAUCACAGGCCCGCUGCCUGCCCCACUCCUGGUGCUCUGCCCCAGCCAGGCCGAGCUGGGCCGCUGGCUCUACCACCUCGAGAAGCAGAUGGCGCUUGUGGGAGGGCUGCGGCGCUGCCACUCGGCGCCCCCACAGGGCCCCCCCGAGGACGAGCUUCCCUGGACUCUGCAGCACAGGCUGACCCAGCUGCGGACGGCAUCUGGGCGCCAAGUGGCCGGCAGGGCCAUCUGCGCAUCGAGGGUCAAGCUGCAGCAUCUGCCCUCACAGGAGCAAUGGGACCGGCUGCUUGUCCUGUACCCGACUUCCCUGGUCAUUUUCUCUGAGGAAGCAGAUGGGCUUUCCUUUAAGGGGGAACUCCCGCUCAGCGCUGUCCACAUCAACCUGGAGGAAAAAGAGAAGCAGAUCCGCUCUUUCCUGAUCGAAGGCCACCUCAUCAACACCAUCCGUGUGCUGUGUGCCAGCUACGAGGACUACAGCCACUGGUUGCUCUGCCUGCAGACCGUCUCCCGCCGGGAGGGGCCCCCCCCACUGCCUGGCCCUGAGGGCUUCCUGGGGCUGCGCAUGCCCACGCAGGUCGUGGGUGGCGGCCGAGGCUCUCUCUCUUCAGAUGGACGGACCAGCUGGGACUCAGGGUGCCCCGCACCCCUCUCCAGCCACACCAGCCACUCCCUCCCUGAGUACUCAGCGCCAUCCACCACAGGCUGCCCUGCCCAGCCUGCACCGGACCAGACCAAUCCUGGCUGCACCAGCAGCAGCGGACAGAGGGCAGAGCUGAGACGGGGUGGCAGCAACCGGUCACCCAGGAGCAAGGUUCGAGGUGAGAGGCCCCGCCCAGCUACCCCGCUGCACCUGGACCUGACCAAGCUGAGCAGGGGGGGCCUGGAGGGCAGCCCUGAGGCCACAGACCCCUCUCUGGAGUCACCACACUCCCCACUCUACGUUGAUCCCUACACACCACCUGCCACCUCCCACCACAAGAUCACAGACGUCCGGGGCCUGGAUGAGUUCCUCAGUGUGAUGCAGAGCUUGCCUGUCCCGGAGCCCUCGGGCCCAUUCUCCUCAGUCCCCGUGUCUGUGCCUGUCCUGGAGCCCAGCUCUGGACUCUCCCAGAAGGGGGCCCUGCAGUCCCCAGCCUCUCAGCGGCACAGAGGCUCCAUCAAGGGCCGAGGGUCCCAGCCCCCAGACGCCCCUGAGCUUGCCUCCUGGGCGAGGGAACUUUUGCCUGGCCCCCUGCUGCCUCCCCCAGACGGCCAUCCCCCCAGGAGCUAUGACAACAUCUGGGACAAGGCUCCUUCUCCUUCCCACCAGCGAUGGCCCCGAGGGGCGCCCGAGGCUGAGGAGGGGCUCAUCCAGUGGAUCUGAUGGCCCUGGGGCAGGCUGCUUCUCAGGACCAUCUGCCAGUGUCAACCUGGAGGGGGUCUGCAGCAGGGCCCAGUCUUUCUUUGUGGGGCCACAGGCUGACCAGCCCCCCAUCCAGUGCCGAGUCAGGCUCUGGCCCCAGAGGGUAGAGGUCUCCAGAACACUGAGUUUCCCUGGGCUCUGGAGGGGCCAGGAGAAGGAUCUCAUCCUGAGGAUGCCCUGGCCCGAGCGACAGGAUCACAGAUCAGGCCGGGAUGCCUGUAGGAGCCAAACCUCAGUCUGCUCCCCAGGGAAGGAAUAAGGGAUGGCACUUGAUAGGGGCUUCACCUAGGAGUGGGAGGUCAGAGGGCUGAGAAAGUCAGGUUAGCGAGGGUCAGAGGAUGUGAGGUCAGAGGGCAUGAGGGUCAGAGGUCAGUGAGGUCUGAGACAUCACAAGCAGAGGCAGGAGGGUUUCCGGGCCUGUGCGAGUGGGAUGGGGCUGGUCGGGAGGAGCUGACAAGAGACUAAACAAGAAAGAAAAGGCGAUUUAUUGGUGCUCUGUUCACACGUUCUCCACUCAGCAGCCUGGAGUCUCCCGUCGUCCUGGGGACCCCGUGCUCGCCCACCCAGCGCCCCCAUUGCUCUGCCACCGCUGGCCCCCCGCCCACCUACCUACCACAUCUCUGGCUCCUCUCAGCCCCGGGACAAUCCCAGGUCCAGUCCCUCCACCUGACACCACUGCCUUCUGCUUCUGCACCUUGUCCAGGCUCUGCCCUACAGACCCCCACCCUGCAGGGGCCUCUGGGGCUCCUUCCUACAGGUCCCUGUAGGCACCUGCUCACUGUCUCAGGCAGGAGCCAAGGAGGCCUUGGCCACAGGCCCUUGGGGCUCAGGUGUCAGAGAGGCCUCGGAAGCCCUCACCAGUCCAGCCCACUUGUAAACAGGGCAGGGAGUCACUGGGACCCCCCAGCCUCGAGGCCACCCAGCCUCGUCACCCUUGCCCCUGCCUAGGUCUCCAGCAGGGGUCUUGCUCCUGCUUUGACCCCCUAAUUUCCAGUGCCCUAUCCUGCCCUCACCCCCUAACUAGGCAAGCAAGUAAAAUACAGGGUGCCCUGUUAAAUUUGGUUUCAGAUAAACCACAAAUACUAUCUUAGUGUAAGUACGGCUCAGAUACUACAUCUGAAAGUCACGCGUCACUGGACACCCUACCUUCUGAUUUGCUAACCUGGCCACCAUACUAACCAACUCCCUGCUCGGCCCCUUCCCACCCAGCCUGCCAGAACCUCCCCCUCCCACGUGUGGAGUACAGCCUCGGCCACUGGCUGGAGCCUUGGGUAGAGUCCAAGGGAGCCAGGACCGAGGACACUGGCUCCUUCCAAGACGCCGUAGAACACAGAGGUCAAGGGCAAGGCCUGAGGGCAGUGCCUGUCCUGAGCACCUGUGGCAGUUUCCUGGUCCUGCGUCUUCCUGGGCCACGCCUGGGUCCUAGGGGCUGGGGCUGCGGCUGCGGCUGGGGCUGCGGUGCCCCCGCCCCACCUGCCGGCGGAAGUAUCGGAUGGCAGAGAUGGUGCCAAUGUUGGCCAGCAAGGCUGUGGGAGAAGCACAGGCCCCUGAGUGCCAGUUCCACUCCGGCCUGGUCACCACCUUCUACCCGAACAGCCCAGCCCUCGGAGGGCGGGAGGAGGCUGGCAGGGCAUAGGGGCAGCAGUGGGAGGAGCAGGGUCGGAGAGAAAGCCUCCCCACGCUCCCUCAUCCCUGCUGGCCCAGCUGGAGAGACUGGACACCACCGCCCCUCCUCCCCAGGGCCCCAAACCUGUUUUCCAGGCAUCUGGGGUGUGCAGAUCCGAUGUUCUCACAGCCCAGGUGGCAAAGGCCACAAACACUAGGCACAUGUCGUUCUGGCUGAAGGUGAACGAGGUGAGAGGACCCCGGGGCUUCCCUAAGAAAGAGAAGCACACCCUGAGCUCCAGCUGCUCCACCCGGACGUGCCUGCCCCAGGACACCUGCCCGGGACACAGCUGUCCUGGGACACGGCUGCCCUGGACACACCUGCCCUGGACACGUCUGCCCCAGGACAGGCUGUAUGAGUCACAUCUUCCCCAUGAUACCUCUGUCCCAAGACACAGGGUGGUGUGUGGCAUAGUUGAGUCAGGCUGACUUCGGCAAGUUGCCUCUGGGGCACUGUUUCCUGGUUUGUAAAAUAUCUUCCAAAAGGAACGUAAGAUGAAGUCUAUUGAUUGCCUGACUCGGCAGGGAGUAAGGCCUGAGCAGGAGCUGUCCGACACCUGUCCUGCUAGGGGCUGGGGGCAGGGUGCUGCUGCCAUCAGGCCUAAACACAGGUGAUGGUCAGUGCAGAGCAAAACCCCGGAGUGGCCACGAUGCUUGGCCUGGGCUGCCCCACCUGGACUGUGUCCUGGGAUGGCUGGAAGCUGGUCCUUCCUUCUCAAAGCAUCCCCAAGGCCCCCCCACGGGCUCAUGACACAGGGUCUUGGCCUGU